CGAAUUCUUCACCUCCCAGCUGCCAGGCACCAUUACCCCCUCUGAGAGACCCACGCUGGCAGCCCAGCCGCUCCCCCGCCUCAGCCUGGGCAGGAAGACCCUGGUGGGGGCCGCCGUGGGCGUCAUGCUGGUCCUAGUCCUGGUGGUCCUCAUCCCCGUGCUGGUGAGCAGCGUGGGCGACGACGCCGGCCGCUACGAGAUGCUCGGCACCUGCCGCAUGGUGUGCGACCCGUACCUGGAGAAGGGCGGAGGUGGCGGGGGCACCACCAUGGGCACCGUGAGCACCAGCGUCCAGGGAGAGGCAGAGGCGUUGAGUGACCACAGUAUGGGCUCGCCGCUGCCCACCUAUGCCCAUCACGGGCUGCCAGGCAAGCCUGGGCGCCCGGGGAAGACCGGACCCCCGGGACCACCCGGAGAGCCCGGUCCACCGGGACCGAGGGGUCCGCCAGGAGACCGCGGUGACUCGGGGGUCGACCAGACCGGGAUUUUAACGCUGGGCGGGCGGACUGGAGGCCUCGGCACGGCGACGUACUCCACGUGCCGCUGGUUUUCACGCUGGUUCGCGGAACUCCGCAGGGAGGGCUACGACAUCCUGAAGUUCGACGAUAUCGUGACCAACCUGGGAGGGAACUAUGACGGAGCGUCGGGGAAGUUUGUGUGUAAGAUCCCCGGCACCUAUUUCUUCACCUACAACGUCCUAAUGAGGGGGGGGGACGGAACCAGCAUGUGGGCUGACCUGCUUAAGAACGGACAGGUGCGUGCCAGCUCAAUCGCCCAGGACCAGGACCAGAGCUACGACUACGCCUCCAACAGCGUGGUCCUCCACCUGGAUGCGGGCGACGAGGUCUUCAUCAAGCUAGAUGGUGGCAAGGCUCACGGUGGCAACAGCAACAAGUACAGCACCUUCACAGGCUUCAUCCUCUUCGCCGACUAGAACAUGGCAGAGCG